UCAUCCUACCACUCUCCUCUCCCACCUGCAGUCAGUGUAUAUAGCUCGCACCCUUUUCUAAUCCUAUCAUCACGGUCUUGCUACUCCUUAGCAAAUCCAACUCUGUUUGUCCUAUUUUAGCUUAAACGAUUCCCAGGAUCACAACGUCGGAGCCGCUAUUGACAUCGUAACGUCUUCUACAUAACCGAUAUUUAUUGCCGCCGGCUUCACGACAUGGCCGCAAAUUUGACUCAAAUUACUACGACUGCUAAAGAUGGCCAGCCAUGGUCAAGAGAAGCCAUAUUCGCCCUUGUCUCUAUAUUCAUCAUGGUCUUGUUGUCCAGCAUAGGUCUGGCGUGCAAACAUUGCCUCAAGAGUCCCAAUCGUUGGACAGUAUCAAGAUGGCGAAGACUACUCAUGAAUAAUGAAGAGCUAGCAAGGAUUCAUGUCAGACCAACUAUGUCCGGCUGGGUCGAUAUUGUAAACGUUCGACAGUAUCAACAAGAUACAUACACGUCGUUGCUUCGAAUGAGGCGGGGGCCCAGGCUAUCGCGAUCUUCGAGCCGAAUAACUGAGGGGCGGCGGCGAUAAUCUGGAAGGGUUAGUGGAGCAGUAA